UCUGUCGUGCCGAAAAAGAGAAAGCAGGCCAAAUGGGGGAGUUCUAGCGAGGGGGAAAAAAUCAACUAUCUAUGUGAUUGUAGGCAUAUAGGCCUAUGUGUGUUCUGUGAAUCUUCAAAUGUCAAAUUCGCGUUUAAGAAAAUCUUAUUGUAAUAGUUUACAUUUAUAUUCAAAGAUGGCGAGAUCGUGUCAAAGAAGACGACUGAGGGCUUGAGUUAUUGGUUCUUCGGACACGGAACUUGGAACAGCAAAGGUGAAAGAUGACAGAGUACAAGCUGGUGGUGGUGGGAGCUGGUGGCGUUGGCAAGAGUGCACUCACCAUCCAGCUCAUCCAGAACCACUUUGUGGACGAAUACGACCCCACCAUAGAGGACUCCUACAGGAAGCAGGUGGUGAUUGACGGGGAGACGUGUCUGCUGGACAUCUUGGACACUGCAGGUCAGGAGGAGUACAGCGCCAUGAGGGACCAGUACAUGAGGACAGGGGAGGGCUUCCUCUGUGUCUUUGCCAUCAACAACACCAAGUCCUUUGAGGACAUUCAUCACUAUAGAGAGCAGAUAAAGAGAGUGAAGGACUCCGAGGACGUCCCCAUGGUCCUGGUGGGGAACAAGUGUGACCUCCCGUCCCGCACUGUGGACACCAAACAGGCCCAGGACCUGGCCCGCAGUUACGGGAUCCCGUUCAUCGAGACGUCAGCCAAGACGAGACAGGGUGUUGAUGAUGCCUUCUACACAUUAGUUCGGGAAAUCCGGAAACACAAAGAGAAGAUGAGCAAGGAGGGCAAGAAGAAGAAGAAGAAGAAGUCCAAGACAAAGUGUAUACUUAUGUGAAUAAUGCUUCCCUUUACAGUAUGGCAUCAGAUGAAAUAUGUUAAAAAAAGAAAUGUAUUUUGUACAUUACACUAAAUUAUUAUCUUCUUCGGAAUACUUCAAGGAAUCUUUUUUUUCUUCUUCUUAUUUCAUUUUGCCCCGUUAAUUGUUUUCUGGAAACAAAUAAGCGUUAUCUCCUGUUUGGUGCCAGUUGCCCCAAAGUGUUGGUCCUUCAUCUCUAGCAUAACUGGUAUGAUCUAAUCUCAUGGUUGGAAAAAAGGGCAUCGAUUUUAUUUGUCUUCUGAGUUAACACAACUGAUGCAAGUUAAAUUGUGAUUUAAACAAAAGAAUGACCUUAACUCAGAUGUUACCCAGUGUCACCCUUUGAUUGGAAAUGGGUGUUUUUGUCUUUGAAUUUGAACACGUCUGUAUUUUGUACUGCAGGAAGAGGACUUUUUAUAAUCAGAUUGAGGGGGUAAGGAUACAUGUGGGGAAGGACCAGCACAUUCAUGGGUGCAUUCUUAUAUAUCUAGCACUGUGGACUGGAUACUCCCAUUUCGGGAAUGUCAUGGACUCAUAAUGGCCUGCUGUUUUAUCUAAUAACUAACUUUCAAGGCUUUGAUAAUUUGUGGGUGGUGAUUUCUUUUUUUUUAUUAUUAUUGUUAUUAUUUGCUGAAACUCUUCAAAUGCAUGUCCUCUUGGUGGACAUGUUUUUAAUACUGUAUUGCGCAGCCUUGACAUUGUCCAGUGAUGGCAGUGACUUGAGUCUCCAAGGCCUCAAAGCGAUCACGUGAUUGUGGCAAGUAUUUGACGAUGAGCAUGAUGAAAGACUAUGGAAGUGAUGAGAAUGAAAACUCUGAGCCCCAAACAAAUGUGCUCAAGAGGGAUAAGGUGUUCUCUGUGGUCCUGUACCCUCGGUAAAGUACUGCUUUUACUCGCCUCGGUUAAAAGCUUAUGAUCAAAUCAGAAUGGAUUUACUACAAAAGCUACAGAGAGCGACGGCGACUGGUCUGACUGGACCUUGGAGAGGUUCUCAAGGGUCAUCAUGCAGUAAUGACCUCUCUCCUGGGGUUUAUCCAGUGUGUUCUCUGGAACACAGCAAAAUUGCCUGAAGAUGGUGCAUGAGAUUUCAUUUGUGGUCUUUUUUUUAUAGCAACAAGGACACGUGAGCAAAUCACUCCAUAAGUUUCAGAUAGUUAUCAAAUGCAAUUACGCUUUAAAAAAAAUCUAUUUGCUGCCAUAGAACAGUUAUAUACUGUAUUUUUGAAACCCAGAACAAACACACUCAUUUGUGGGUUGUCUAAAAGCAAUAUAUAUAUAUAUUUAUUCACCAAAUUAUCUUUAUGGAACUUCCUGGGCUGCCUUCUGUGAGAUAUAGGGUUUAAUAAUGGAUCAUAUGUGUUGUACCCAGGACCAAUGAUUUGAAUCGUCUCAUUUUAAAUAUAAUUUUCAUGUUCUGAGGCCCUUGCCUUAUUUGAUACUUUGUGAACCACACACAACACAAAGGCCAAUUUAAAAGUAACUUUCAUUUUGUAAACACAAGUGCUGAUCACACAGUUGAAGCUUAGAAAGUUGUUACCAAAAACAGCUUCAUUUUUGGAACUUGAUUUUGUAAACUACUUUCCCCAUCUUUAACACGAGGUGUUUUGAUUUUUGAGGAUCUCACUCUUUCUCUUGCUUCCUCUUUGUGUGCCAAUGCCAGAUCUCUCAAAUUGGUUCCCUACAUCUGCAGAGAAUACAAACCAACCUUUGUACAGUUGUGAUACUGAAAGAUGCAUAUUUUGUAAAUUGUGGUUCAUUUUGUUGUGUGUCGAAAUGAAUGUCACUAAUAGAGUUGAGAGUCCACUUUGUUGUGUUUGUGAACUGAGUGAGUGGUUUUGCUCAUGGGGGUGUGAAUGACCACUGUUCUACAUGUCCUUGAGCAAUGGUCCAUGUGGUGACCUGAAAUCAGACUAUUUUUUGCCAUGAAUCUCACCACUCUUACGUAAUGUAAUAAAACUGAAAAAAUAAUGAAUAAAAAAAAACUGUGGAGGCAAAAA